UACACUUUCAUACCUCACUGCAGUGCAGAAGGAAAUGGAGGACGCAUCUGCCUGAGAAAAUACAGCUGCUUUUUCGACACUUGCUCGGACUUUCUUUACAUACCUUUGAGGAAAUAAACGUUUUUAAAGCUCAUAUGUUUUAAAAGAUUUUGAGAAAAUAUGUCGCAGGGUAUUAUCUUUACCCUCCUCUUGUUCACAGGCUGCACCACAGCCAUCAAUGUGAUCUGCCCUUACCCACGAUACGUGGUCAUAUUAUUCCAGCCGGUCACGCUGCGCUGUGAUUUCACUACAACAGCUACAAACCCACCACUGAUCACCUGGAAAUACAAGUCCUACUGCAGAGACCCGAUCCAAGCUGCAUUAAACCCCAGCAGUGCUGACAAUGCUAUCGCUCAGUCCAACCCAAACUACAACCCCAACAUUGAGUGUGCAGACAGCGCCAGGACUGUUCGCAUAGUGGCUUCGAAACAAACGGCGGUCUCACUUGGGACUGAGUACCAGGGCCGUCAGAUCAGCAUAACAAACAUGGCAGACCUUAGCAUUGUUCAGACCGCGUGGGGUGACAGCGGCGUGUACGUCUGUAAUGUUGCCUCUGCCCAGGACCUUUCAGGGAAUGGCGAGUGUUAUACAGAGCUCAUUGUGCUUGACUGGUUGUUAGUGGUGUUGGUGGUCCUGGGCUUCCUGCUGCUGUUGCUCCUGAUUGGUAUCUGCUGGUGUCAGUGUUGCCCUCAUACCUGCUGCUGUUACGUCAGCUGCCCCUGCUGCCCGGAGCGCUGCUGCUGUCCCCGCGCACUGUAUGAGGCUGGAAAAAUGGUAAAGUCUGGCGUCCCCAGUCAGUACGCAGCCACUCUCUAUGCCCCAAACAUGUACGGCCAGCCAGCUUAUGGAGUUGGCGGAGCUACGCCAGGCAUACCCAUGCUCCCUAUGCCGGUGGGUGCUGCUGGUCCUCUGUCCAAUGGAUACGGCAGAGACUUUGACGGAGCCAGCUCAGUUGGUCAAGGAUCUCAAGUGCCGCUCCUGCAAGACCACGAUGGUGGAGGACCCCGUAGUGGAUACCGUGUUCAGGCCGACCAAGAUGGAAACCCAACUCGGGUGCUUUACUACAUGGAGCGAGAACUGGCCAACCUCGACCCCAGUCGCCCAAUGAACGCUCCAGGCAAAUACAGUCGUCUGGAUGGUAUGAGUGAGGUAAGCUCACUUCACGAUGGUCCAGAUGCUCGAAAUCGCGGUCGGGCCAGACCACCUCAGCUUACCACAGUGUAUGAUGAUGUGGAUGAAAACAUGAGCACCAUCAGCAGCGUCUCUCAGCACGUCCGACGGGAUGAGCCCAGGCGGGGAGCUGACUCUCGAGGACGUGCACACUCUAUGGAAAACUUGGACGAUAUCGGCCGCAAUUACAGAGACAGGGAUGACUAUCCGCCCGCACGCCAAGAUGGUGGGGCUAGAGGCGGCAGAAGAGAUUUGGAUGACGAAUGGAGCAGUAGUGGACGAGGAUACGACCGUGUCUUCGAUGACCGUCGGCGCCGUGAUUACUCUCCUGACGCUCGUCCUCGGCGUGGAGACUCCUUCCGUGGGGCUGGUUUCCAGGGCCGGCGCAGCCGUAGUCGUGAUGACCUGACGGAUCUGGAGCGUGAUCGUGGCCGUGGAGGUCGGGAUGCGUAUGAUGACAGCUUCCUCAGGGAAGCCAUGGAAAAGAAGAAGCUUGGUGAGCAGCAGAGAGGCCGCAGCCGCGAGCGGCUCGACAGUGAGAGUGACAGAUCUGACCGCUACAGGGGGCCACACGGCGGACUGCCACCUCUGCCACUCGCCCCGCCUUCCGGAAACCCUAAUCGGCAUGGAAACCAUAGCAACUUCCCACCUCCUCCCCCUCGCUACACUGAGGACAGUGACAGUUUGGCAUCGUCCAAGAAGAGCAACUUAAAAAAGAAUGGAGCUGUGAGCAGAGAGAGUCUGGUGGUGUGAUGCUCAGGUGGAAAUGAUGUGUGUGUGUGUGUGUGUGUGUGUGUCUCAGUGAUGCAGCUGUGUGUGUUUCCUCUGCCCUUUCAUGUCACUUAUGCGUGUGUUUGUGUUUUGGCUUGAACGCUGAGAGGAAUUUUUGUUUAUAUUCAGAUGUCUUGAAUUUUUAUGGGAUAUUUUAAUGGUAAAAAUUGUAUAGCCACAAAUAGUUCACAUUAUUUCACUGUAAUGCAGGCUCGUUUAUAAAUAUAAAAUGGCAGAUUUGAAACAACUGAUGAACUUUUUAUGGUUUGGUUCCUCCCAUGAACAUUUUAACAGCAAGUACUC